CGCCUUUCUUUCACAGAGGAAAUGUGAUUGUUGGCUGAGAAUUUUAGAAUAGAGCCUGUUUUGGGAUUUCCUUCCCUUGAGAGAAGAGGGAGGAAAAGCAUCUUGGAUCCAAUUUACUUCUUCUACAAACAGUGGUUCCAACAUGGAGAGACCCAACUCACCUGGACCUGAAGCAGGACUUGGGAGCAGUGGAGCACCCUGGAAAAAAACUACACAUAAGUCCCAGAGUGUGGACCUUUCUAGCUCAGACAUACAGUGCCAGCGCUUCAGGCAUUCCUCCUUCCGAGAGGGCGAGGGACCCAGAGAGGUUUGCAGCCGCCUCCACUCUCUCUGCCGCCAGUGGCUGAAGCCAGAGCAACACACCAAGGCGGAGAUGCUGGACCUGGUGAUCCUGGAGCAGUUCCUGAGCAUCCUGCCCCCAGAGAUGGGGAGCUGGGUCCGAGAGUGUGGGGCAGAGACCUCUUCCCAGGCGGUGGCCCUGGCGGAAGGCUUCCUCCUGAGUCGGGAAGAGGACGAGAAGCAGGAAGGACAGGUGAGAGCAUUGCCUCUUUGGUUCCCUCACCAUGGGACUGAUAGAUAG